AUGGGCAAUCAACCCUCCACCCCCAAGCCAGGGACCGAUUUCAAAGUCAUCGGCGCUGGCCUCUCCCGCACGGGCACUGCCUCAUUCAGCGAAGCGUUGCGCAUCCUACUAAACGGGCCUGUCUAUCAUGGUGGUACACAGGCCACUCUGGGACCCGAAAUCGAGAUCAAAUCCCUGAUCAAACUCCUCUCGCACUUUCCACCAAAGUCGCCCUCGGACAAAACGAUCAUUCACGAUUUGCUGAAGCAGCGCUUAAACGGCUAUGCCGCAGUCACCGAUGCACCAUUUAGCGGGCUGGUCGAAGAGUUGCUCGAGGCGUACCCCAAUGCGAUGGUAAUCUGCACAAUUCGAGAUCCAGACGCGUGGAUAAAGAGCAUGGAAGUGGUGCAGAACGCAUCUACGAUGUGGUUUCUACGCUUCGUACUCUUCCCUGUCCCAGGCAUGCGUUACUUCGUCGACUUCAUUGAUGGCCUGAGAGAUCAAUGGAUCUACCUGUAUGGUCGUGGGGAACCAGUCACAGCCGAAAACUACGAAAAGCACAUUGCUUACUUGAAAAGAGUCGUGCCGGAGGAUAGGCUAGUCUUCUUCAAUGUUAAGGACGGUUGGGAGCCUCUCUGUAAGGUACUUGGCAAAGAGGUUCCGCAGGAUAUCCCGUUCCCAAGAAUCAACGACGGGGAAGCCAUCGAUAGGCUGGCGAAGAGAAUGGUGACCAAGGGCUUGCUGCGAUGGCUAGCCAUCUUUGGUGUGGUGGGAGCGGCUGCUGUUCCUCUGUUUUUGAAGCGUUAG